AUGGGAGAGCCGAACCGUUGCUGUCCAGUCUUCUCGCAGAAACGGUGGCGAGGCCCAUGGGGCGCGCGGGCGUUGCUUCGCCUGCGCGGCAGAGACACGAUAUGCUCCCCAGAAGAGGGGACGGGGCAGACCUCCGUGCGGAACCAGGACGCCCCACAGGCCUCUCGCGCCGUCCAGCAGAGCGCAGAUGGACGCGUGCCUUCGACGCGAACGUCGAGACACGGAACCUUCCACGGCACAGCCGAGCCCCGCCGCGAGGACGCGCGAGGCGCGACCAGAGGCGGGCGGCGGGGGCCUUCGUCUGUGUCGCUCCCGCUGCACUGGGACCGCCCGGACAGUGAACCUGCUGAAGAUUCGGAAGACAACGUUUCCUUUCCAGCGCGAGGGUUCUUCCCUGCGGGCCUCCUGAGGCGCACGCCCGUCGCGCACGCCUUGUCGCCUUCUCUGCAGGCAGAAAUCGCUCGAGGCCGAACUCGAGCAGCCGCCUCUUCCGGAGCCGGUCCAGCGACGCACUCCGCCAGUCCCGGAGAAGGCGAGCCGGUCGAGAUUUCCGAGCUGUCGAGAGCAGACCGCAGCUGGCGAGGCAGGCCGCAUGUACCGCAGAAUGCCGGGAGAAUCGGACGGAGCGCCGGAGCGAGUGCGCCUUCGCGGCAGCUUACCGGUCGGGGCCUCCGGGCGUUCUUCGGCUUCGGAUCGAACCGACGCUGGCGAAGAGAGCGACGCAUGCAGCCGCGGCCUCCAGGAGAAGCGUCGGAUGUCGCGCGAGGUCCGUCGGCGUCCAGGAACGAAACCGGGCGGUUCGGCGGUGCGUCGCCAGCGACAAACACUCCCGGCCCUCUCGGCAGUCAUGCAAGUUCGGGAACAGAGCCCAUCGUGUGCCCCGUAUGCGCAAACCCUUUCGCGGCGAGUGUGACGACGCGCCAGGUUCUGGUCCACAUCGACGGUUGCUUGGUUGCCCAACACCUCAGCGUCCAACUUCUCCCGGAACACUGGGAAGGUCUCCAUGGCGUGAGCGCCAGUUGGAGCAACCGUUUCGGUCGCGUGCGGAACGGCUUCAUCACGUUUGAGCCAGCGAGCGCGUCGCAGCUGCUCGUGGAGCUCCCAAGGCUGUCUGUGGGCCGGACGUCUCGCGAGGAAAGAGAGAGUGUGCCGUCUCAGAGCCGAGAACGAGGGGCGCUGCAGCCGCCCGGGGUUCUCGGUCCAAACGCGUCGGGCAUCCGUUUCUCGCGCGCCGUGGGUACCGAGGCAGGGAACCUGCCAGGGACUGCGUCGCCACCACGCGCGCCGUCUUCGGGCUCGCCCGCGCCUUCGCCCGCUCACCAAGUGCUGGAGCGCCGGCGCCACCUCGCGCGGCAACUCGGCCAGAUGGAAGUUCAGGCGGAUCCCGCGCGGCGGCUCUUCCUUCAAAGGGCGCGGGCGGAGCUGGAACCGGCUCGGUACUUCCCGAGCGCCGUCUCGCACCAUGUCCCGCGCGCAGCGCCUUUCUCGUCGUUCCCCGCGGAGUCUCUGCUGGAAAGGGAUCUGGACGCGCCAGAGCGAACGGACCUCGGCGACUCCUCGCUGUACGCCUCGGCUUUCGGUCCACAGCGCGACAGCGGGCGUCGCGCGAGACGCAGCCUCCCGGAAGGGAGGUGGGCACGGACGGGACUAGCGCCUCCGUGGGGCGAGGCCUUCCUGAGCAGAAGGCGGGAGGGGGCCGAGCACGGCCUGUUUCUCUCGGAGACGAGUCCGACAACGGCGCCGUCGUCGACGCCGGUGUCGGCGCGCGAGAAUUUCAGCAGCGACGUGCACGACCCAGCGGGGGCCGUGUCGGGCCUCAGCGGCGCAGACCAGGACGACGCGCCUCUGCCGACAAGACCAGGCGGGGACAACUUGCGGACCGUCCAGCGCUCGCCGAGCGCGCGGUGGGAGACUGGAGACAGCCUGUGGCCGGGACCUUCGGCGCGACUGCGCGAGAGCCUUGACAGCGUCCGAAGAAGGCUGGGGCGGCCGAGCCCAGACGGGGAGGAAGCGGGAGACAGUCCCGGCGAGGAAGGCGAUCCCGGCGACCGCCAGAGCGGGGACAGGGCGAGCUGGGGAGACUCUCCCAGGAGCCCGCGGCGCGGGGGCGAGGAGUCGCGUGGCAGGGAUCGCAGCCCAGGAUGGAGCAUCUCGCCGCCCAGUGGACGUGCCGGCGGGGUCUUGGGCUCGAGAGCCGCAGUGGCGCCUGCGAGUGGAGCCGGGAACAUGUCUCUCGGGCCCGAGAGAGCCGACGCAGAGCCGGGAGAGCCGAUAGAGCCGCGAGAGCCGAUGGAGCCGCGAGAGCCGGCGGGCGAAGAAGGGUUGCUGAGCGGCGCAGCAGCGAGCGCGGGGCGAGCUCAGGAGACCCGAAGCGGCGCUUUGCAGAUGUGGAGAGACGCCAGAGCGGAGAGCAAACCUAGCGAGCCGUCUCCGUCUACACCUGCCGCGAGGGCGAACUCCGCGGAGGACCUGCCUUCGCCCGCGAGGCGUGCGGCGGCGAGGCGGCAACUCAGCGCGAAUUCGCAGCCGAUGAAUCCCGAUCUCCUCCUCGACUCCCUCGUCGAACUCACUCGCGGCGAACGGACAGGCAGCGACGAGGCAGCCGCCAGAAGGGCGUACAAGAAAUUUUGGAACGCCAAUCGCGACCAGUUCGUGGCGCUCGCCAACUUCCCCUUCAGCGUGAAGAAGGACUGGUUCUACGCGCAGCUGAGCAGCAUGCGUGUCCACUUUGCGCACGCGUGGAUCGUUGUCGACGUCCGCCGUGACCGGUUGCUCCAGAUGGCCUUCGACCGUCUGCGGUAUCUGACGCCUGUGGAUUUUCACAAAGAGUUCAAAUUCCAGUUCCAAGGCGAGUGCGGAGCAGACGCUGGCGGGCCUACCCGGGAGUUUUUUACGCUCAUUUCCCAGAAAAUCUUGGACCCGAAUGCCGGGCUCUUUCAGAUCUGCGACGUGGACGAGAUCGCGUACCGAAUCAACUCGAAUUCUGGCGUGUCUGCAUCUAAAAAAGUGGGAGGUGAGAUAGUUGGGGAGCGUCUGACUGACUGCUGUCUCAUGACUGUCGUCAGAGUGAACGAGAACCACCUCGAGUUUUUCCGCUUCGUGGGUCUGAUCCUCGGCAAGGCGCUCUUCGACAAGCAGAUGAUCGGCGCGCCGUUCUGUCGACCUCUCCUCAAACAGCUGCUGCAACACGGCGGAGGCUUCCAAGACCUGGCGUUCUUCGACUCCCAGCUGUAUCGAUCUCUCCAGUGGAUUCGUUCACACCCGGUUGACGGGGUUCUCGACACGGCCUUCAGCGUUACUGAGGAUUUCUUUGGAGAAACCAAGGUGAUCCCUUUGAAGGAAGGCGGCGAGAAGGAGCGCCUGACAGACGCGAAUAAAGAGGAGUACAUUUAUCUGAUCGCGAAGCACAAGAUGGUCACCAGCGUGAAGGCUCAGCUGCGCGCUUUGCAACAGGGUUUCUGGAGUGUCAUACCUGUUGCCCUAUUGCGCAUGUUCAACGACCGCGAGUUGGAUCUGCUUCUGAAUGGCCAGAACCGCGUCGAUGUCGACGACUGGAAGAAGAACACUCAGUAUUCCGGAGGGUACUGCGAAGACGACCCCAUCAUUCAGUGGUUCUGGGAUGUCGUUGGAAACACAUUCAACGAUGAAGAGCGAGGACGCCUUCUGCAGUUCUGUACAGGGACGAGUCGAGUGCCCUCAGAAGGCUUUCGCGUGCUUGAGAGCAACCGCGGCCAGUUAGCGAAGUUCACGUUGCAGCCGAUCGAACGCUCGCCAGGCGAUUCUCCGGCGCUGUUGCCGCGAGCGCACACGUGCUUUAAUCGGCUGGAUCUACCGAAGUACAGUAGCCGGGAAGAGCUGCUGCGCUAUCUGAGGAUGGCGAUUGAGGUAGACCAUCUCACGGGUUUCGGUGUCGACGAGUAG